AUGGGCGGAGGUCACAAUUGGCCGUCAAGGCGACAAGCACUGUCAAACACCUCCGGUAACCCAAUCAUCCCCGGCUGGUACGCAGACCCCGAUGCGCGGAUCUUCGAAGGCCAAUACUGGAUCUUCCCCUCGCUAUCCCUCUCCUACGACCAACAGACCUACUUCGACUGCUUCUCAUCUCCCGACCUCAUCCACUGGACCAAACAUGAGCGCAUCCUUGACUUUGCAGAUAUCCCCUGGUCCACUAACCGAGCCGCUUGGGCGCCGACUGUCGCGUUUAAUAAUAGGGAUGGGGCUUAUUAUAUGUAUUUCUCCGCUGGGGAUGGCGCUGGCAUCGGCGUUGCGAAAUCUACCACCGGUCCGUCGGGCCCUUAUAAGGAUGUGCUCGGUAAACCGUUGAUUCGCGAUGUCAUCUUUGGCGGUCAGCCGAUUGACCCUGCCGUUUUUAUUGACGAUGAUGCUCGCUCGUAUCUGUUCUGGGGAGGCUGGUCGCAUGGUCUUGGUGCCGAGUUGGACGAUGAUAUGGUCUCUUUCAAGACAGAUAUCCUUGAACUAACACAGGCAAACUAUGUCGAAGCCCCCUACAUGAUCAAACGGAGAGGCGUAUAUUACUACAUGUACAGCGUGGGAGGAUGGGGUGACAACUCUUACGGCGUCGAAUACGUAACGUCCACGAUCUCACCCCUGGGGCCCUUCACCAACCCUACCAAAACCAACAGCAGCAUAACAAACCACAUUCUCUCUCCAGAUCCAGCCGUCGCACAAGGAACAGGAAGUAAUGGUGUUCUACACAUCCCUGGUACAGAUGACUGGUACAUUGUGUAUCAUUGCCGUCCUCUCGGUGACUCGGCUGCUAAUCAUCGGUAUGUGUGCAUUGAUAAAAUGGAGUUUUGUGACGAUGAUGACACUGGUGGUGGAUAUAUAAAACCGGUUAAGAUAACGCUAGAUGGUGUUGCUGCUCGUCCGCUGUUGCCUUGCUCUGAAGACGAGUUCUAG